AUGGCGAGCACGAGCACAGCAACAAGCGGCAGCGGCAACGGUCAACAGAACCUCACCGUAGGGGGAUCGAAGCUAUCCCAGCAACAACAGCAACAGCAACAACAGCAGGCGCCGCUUGUCGCACAGGGCGAUUGGACGAAGAACUUGGUCCACUUGGCGAAGACUGCAGAAUUGAAAAAACAUGCGCUGAGCUUACAGCUCGCAACCGCACAUGCCCUGUCCGCACACGCGACUCUCGACCAGAAGCUGCAAGCGAUCCAGGACAUCAAAGAACAGAAGAACAAAUUAGAGAGCGAGCGCGAACGAUUAUUGAAAUGUCUUCGAGAGGCGGACAUGAUGGAGGCCCAGAUCAACAGCGAAUGCACAGAACUGCGGAGCCGCAUUCAACAGAUCACGGACGGCGAGUACGCGAUCGCCAAGCGGGACGUCGACGCGCUGCGCGGUGAACUGGGACAGCCGCCACUCCCAAGCCUCCAAGCCACGCUCGAGGAGAAAUCUGCGCAGUACCUCGCUGAGCGCCGCAUGAGCUCUGAGCUAGGGCAGAAGCGCCCUGCAGACGAGAUGCUGCUGGGCGGGGGCGGCGACAUACAGCCCACACCCGGUAAGCGCCCGCGCGGGCGCCCACGGGGCAGCAAAAAUCGGAGUGCAGCAAUACGUGUGGGGACGACACCUGCGCCGGGCGCUCCAGGGGACGCGAAAUGA